CUUGCUUUCCAUUUGAAUUCUGUGAUUACUUCUCCUGCACGGCAGUCCUUUCCCGGUCGUCGUAUCUCCUUGGUCACUCCGUUGCUCUUAUACAAAUAAAUCCUGUGUUCCUCCGUCGAUCGUGCGUUGUCUCGUCGCGAUCGUGCCGGUGCACAAGUUGACUCUCUUCCUCCGUCGUCCGUUUCCUUUACACACCGCACUGCACUGCACUGCACAAAACAACCCUGUUGUACGAAACGGUUUCUUCGCUGUUCAACCAUACUGAAUUUUCACACCACCGUGUAAUGUUCCACUCGAUCCCGUGUCGCGAUCAGUGUGAAUCUUAGUAUUUAAAGAUCAGUGUUACGAUUGCAUCGAAACCAGGAAGAAACCAUGGAUCAUACGAAUAUUUCCUUAUUCUUGCUAUUAUUAUUUUCCGCGUCGAUCCAAGCGGCCGUACGAAAUCAACAGACAAUGAUGGAAACACUGCCAGCUUACGCCAUGGCUGUUAACAACAAUGUCCUGAAUACGAGCAGAUGCCAAGAAGAGAUGGAGCAAUUUCGUGAGGCUGUGGAUCGUGGCGUAGUGUGGAGUUUGAGAAUGUUGGACACCAGCGGGGAACCUGGUACAGGAUUCAUGGGCGGGAACAAUUAUUGGCUGGGAGAUCGUCUUCAAUGCAAAUACUUGACGUCGAAUGUCACGCUUAUACUCUCCGAGAAGGCUCUCAAGAAUAAUUCCAGAUUCAGAGAUCCCGAAAAGGAGUUUCCACCGUUCGAACUGAACUUCUUCUCGGCGCGUUUCAGGCACAACAGCACUAUGCAGUAUCAUAUAGAGAUAGGGGAUGAAAACCAGAUUAUACUUGGAUUGUGCCUCCCAGCAUCCUGCACUGGACAAGAACUUGGCAAGAUGCUGCAAAAAGUGUUCGACGAUAGAACUCUUCUAGUAGGACGGCUCUAUUCUGCGGACUUUAGACAAAUUGAAAUCUACGACAUGAAGGACGACUCAGAGUGGCUUCUUAACGGAAAAAUGAUCGUAAUUAUACUUAUUCUGGUACUGUUAUUUUGUACAGUAUUAGUAGGCACGCUGUACGAUAUUAUCAUUUAUCAGAGUCGUUUACAAAGGAAAAGGCAGUUCCUUACGUUCGAGAACAACAACACUUCUGCAGAAAUGAAGAACGACAUGGAAGAGAAACGAGAUAUUGACCACGAAGAGUCUGGGCUCUCAGAGCUGAAGCCAGAAAAUCGUAUGGAAGAGGUCCUUGUGACUUUCUCAGCUUACUCGAACAUACAACAAAUAUUCAAGAUAGAGAGACAUACAGAAGGUGUAUCCUCGAUUCACGGUAUGAAAUUCUUUGGAAUGGUGUGGAUUAUCUUGGGGCACACCAUCUUCUACGAAAAUUUCAUUGCUGCUAAUAGGUCGGUAGGUUACAUAAUGUCGCAGAGCAUCAUGUCGCAACUAGCUGGCAACGCUCCUUUUUCUGUGGACACUUAUUUCUUCAUCAGUGGAUUCUUGUUGACUUUAAUGUUCCUGAAAUCGCGACUGAAGGACAAUAAACCUGUGAGGCUUCGAACACAGGUGCACCAAUUCUGCUUCUCCCUCAUUAAACGAUACAUCAGGCUUUCACCCGCAUACUUCACCGUCAUAUUGAUCUCGAUACUGAAUUUUUCCUGGUACGAGAAGACUGCUACGAUCAGUUAUUUCGAGCCGAUUCAAGAUAGAUGCUCAAAGUACUGGUGGAGGAACAUAUUCUAUAUGAACAACUUCUACGACUGGGAUGAAUUGAGUCUCAGUUGGAGCUGGUAUUUGUCCAAUGACAUGCAGUUCUUCAUUUUCGGUUCUAUUCUUCUAUUAUUGUCAGUCACGCAUUUCUACGCAGCCUUGGGCCUAGGUAUCGUCUCGAUCAUUUCAUCUAUUAUAAUGAACGUUUACACGGUAUACAGUAUUAGUUAUGUUCCUACAUUGGACACGUAUUAUGCGAACUUGUCAUGGUUGUACGUACGACCAUGGAUAAGAAUUCCACCAUACUUGAUAGGAAUGGCCACAGCUCAUCUUCUUGUAAAGUGGAACUACAAAUUACAUCUGCCACGUAAAGUCCUAGCCCUCUGCUGGAUCAUCGGAGCUACGUGCAAUUGCUCGGCUAUAUUUGUUAUUCUGAACCACUAUUGGCCUAUAACUUUGAGCAUUCUCUAUGUUACAUUCAGUAGAAUAAUUUGGGCUUUUGGUAUAAGCUGGGUGAUAGUCGCGUGUUGUACCGACAAUGCCGGAGUCGUAAAUAAGUUUUUAUCGCUACGGAUGUGGAUUCCCUUGAGUAGAUUAACAUAUUGCGCCUAUCUCUUAAAUCCUUUCCUUAUAAUUUCGAUGUCGUUGUUCUCUAAUUACGUUACGUUUAUUGACGUCUUAGCAACUGGCACCGUAUUCCUUGGAGUGCUUACUGUUAGUUACGUUUGCGCCAUGAUAUUAUCCUUGACAACGGAAGUGCCUUUCAUACUGAUGUUGCGGCUACUGGCUAAUAGGGAUAGAAGAAGGAAAUAAGUAUAUACAUAUAUAGACACACACACACACACACAUUCUCAUUUUUCAAAUUUUAGCUGAAUCGUGAAAGCUGUUAUUCGUGUGCUUGAGGCAU